AUGAACAAUUCCAACCUGACAUCCCUUUCCUCUUUGGAGGCUACAGAGGAUUGUAAUGGAACUGCUGUCCCAACCAAUAAUAGCUCAGGUCACGACUUAAGUGAACGUCCUACACCGGACCCUAUUUUCUGGUUGGCAAUUUUUUUAAUCUGUUGUUUUGGACUUCUUGGGAAUGGAAAUGUCAUCUGGCUUCUUAGGUUCCGUAUAAAAAGGAAGCCUUUUACAACCUUCAUCCUGAAUUUGGCUGUUGCUGACCUGCUGGUCCUACUAUAUGUAUUACGGUAUUUGAUUAAGCAUUUGGCAUGGCUGUUCUUUUACUUAUUAUUUUUCUUCACAUACAGCAUUAGCCAAUUCCUUCUGGCAGCCAUCAGCAUCGAGAGGUGUGUGUCUGUCCUCUUCCCAAUUUGGCAUCGAUGCCACCGGCCAACACACUUGUCCACCACUGUGUGUGCUCUCAUAUGGGUCAUCUUCUCCUUGCUCUUUGCAAUUUCCAUCACUCCCCAUCUGACUAUUUGGUUUAACCUUUUUUACACAAUGGACUACCAGUGCAUUGCAAAUGCCUUGCUUUGCCUUCCCCUCAUGGCUAUCUCCUCUCUCAUCCUUUUUAUCAAAGUCUGUUUUAAAUCAAAAAAGAAUCACCGGAGAAGACUUUUAAGAACAAUCUUGCUUACUCUCCUCUUCUUCCUUAUAUUUGCUUUUCCACUGAAUGCUACUCUAUUCAUCGCCUUUUUUGGAAUUGAAUCCACGGAUUAUAAACAUCUAUUUGACUAUGCCCUCAUGGGUGCUGCCAUAAACAGCAGUGUUAAUCCACUGAUAUAUUUCCUAGUUGGGAGAAAGAAGAGCCAGUCUAGAGAGAAUAUGAAAAUUAUCCUCCAGAGAGUUUUCAGGGAAGAGGAGGAAAUGGAAACUGCAGUUUAA